AUGUCGGAAAGAGUCGCUUCGUGUGGGAGUCUUUAUGACAGCACGAAUCUACUGCUACAAUACUGCAACAACGAUGACACAGUGUCGGCCAGCAGCCACAUGGACAUGGAGGACCGCGUGUCGCAGCUGGAGCAGCGGCUGCAGCUGCAGGAGGAUGAGAUGCAGCUGCUGAAGGCGGCUCUGGCCGACGCUCUGCGCCGUCUGGGCUCCUGCGAGGAGCAGAGUGCGGGGCUGACGCAGGGACGAAGACCCCUGUCCACUGCGGCUGCACCUCCAACCAAAGUGCGACAGCUGCUGCAGGCUCUUCCCUCCAGGCCGCUGAGUAAUGGAUAUGUUCAGCAGAAACGCAUGCUCUCGUCGCCCUCGUCCCCAAAGAAAGAAACAAUAAGAGACAUGAAGAGAAAAAGCCAGUCCACGGAGCGCUUGACUCUGGUAAGGAGAGAGCUGGGACUUGAGAGCCGCAGUAGAACCACUUCCUCCAGCAGCUUGACUGGAGGCAAAAGUGCUGGUAUUACUUAUGUAAACAUGGGAGACUGGUGGGCAGGGCGUUUCUCAUGGGGGCCUGGCUUCAAGAAGGAAGUGCCUUGUGAUUGGACGAGCUCUUCUCCAGCAGAGCUACAAGUUUGCUCAUAUGAAGGGAUAAGGGAAGUGGCUUAUGUGUUAGUGAGAAAGGGAGCAGCUCUGACAACGUUAUUCAACAAAUAUAGCGGAACAAUUGCAACCAUGAAGAGGUCCAACAGCAAAACCAAAGAAUGCACGUUUAAUGCAGAGGACAGUUACGUGCGCAUGUUCCUGCGGGGGCGCCCCGUCACCAUGCACCUCCCAGACGAUCAGAAGGAGAGCUACAGUCUGGACACCAAGGCCGCGCUGCCUGACCGCAAACUCAAACUGCAGUGGGUCUAUGGUUACCGUGGGCGUGACUGUCGCUCCAAUCUGUAUUUGUUGCCGACAGGAGAGAUUGUUUAUUUUAAUGCCUCAGUUGUGGUUCUUUACAACACUGAGGAGCAGCAGCAGAGACAUUACCUGGGACACAACGAUGAUGUCAAAUGCUUAAGUGUGCAUCCCGACAUGGUAACCAUAGCUACAGGACAAGUUGCAGGAAACACUAAAGAUGGAAAGUCUUUGGCUCCUCAUGUUCGUGUGUGGGACUCUGUGAGCCUCAACACACUUCAUGUUCUUGGGAUGAGCGUUUUUGACCGGGCGGUCACCUGUGUGGCCUUCUCCAAAUCAAACGGAGGUGCUUUCUUGUGUGCAGUGGAUGAUGCCAACGAUCACAUUCUGUCAGUCUGGAACUGGCAGAAAGAGAAGCAGUUAGCUGAUGUCAAGUGCUCCAACGACUCUGUAUUUGGAGCAGUAUUUCAUCCUAUGGACGCCAAUUUGAUUGUCACUUGUGGAAAAUCUCAUAUCAACUUCUGGACCAUGGAGGGCACCACUUUGACAAAGAGACAAGGGCUGUUUGAAAAACAUGAUAAACCUAAGUACGUACUUUGUGUGGCAUUUGCUGAAAAUGGAGAUGCCAUAACGGGAGACUCCAGCGGAAACCUCUACAUCUGGGCUAAAGGAGGUAACCGCAUCAGCCAGCUGGUGUCUGGAGCUCAUGAAGGGGGCAUCUUCUCUCUGUGUGUGCUGAAGGAUGGAACUCUUGUGUCUGGUGGAGGGAAGGACCGAAAGGUGGCUCUGUGGGACCACGACUACAGAAAACAGUCAGAGAUGGAGGUUGGGGAAGCAUUUGGCCCGGUACGAUCACUCGCUGAAGGAAAACAAGGGGAGCUUUUUGUUGGCACAACAAAAAACGCUAUUAUCAAAGCUGCAUUCCCUGACACGUUAACUCCCAUUGUGCAGGGACACACUGAUGAGCUGUGGGGCCUGGAUGUUCAUCCCUCCAUGGAGCAGUUUGUAACCUGCUCCCAGGACAAGCAGGUUCACCUGUGGGAUACUCACACUCAUCAGCCGAUCUGGAGCAAAACUAUCGAGGAUCAAGGGCGGUCUGCAAGCUUCCAUCCGAGUGGGGCUGUUGUGGCAGUUGGGACCAUGUCUGGAAGGUGGUUAGUGCUGGACACUGACACCCGAGAUCUUGUGUCAAUGCACACAGAUGGUAAUGAGAUCAUCUCCAAUGUCAAGUAUUCUCCAGAUGGAAACUUCCUGGCCGUCGGCUCACACGACAACUUUGUUUACAUCUACGCUGUGACAGAGGCCGGCAGGAAGUACAAUCGUGUUGGGAAAUGCACUGGUCAUUCUAGCUUUGUAACUCACCUGGACUGGUCGACAGACAGCCAAUACCUGGUCACAAACUCGGGAGACUAUGAGAUCCUGUUCUGGGAAGCUCCCAGUGGAAGACAUGUGACCAACAUGGAUACUGUCCGUAACCUGCAGUGGGCCACAUCCACCUGUACUCUGAGCUUCAGAACUUUUGGGAUUUGGCCAGACGGUGCAGACGGAACUGACAUCAAUGCUGCCUGUCGGUCACAUGAUAGAUCUCUGCUGGCUUCUGCCGAUGAUUUUGGCAAAGUGCACUUGUUCUCCUUCCCCUGUUCACAACCAAGGGCUCCGAGUCACGAGUACAGUGGCCAUAGCAGUCACGUGACCAAUGUUGCCUUUCUGCACGACGACAGUCACCUCAUCACCACGGGCGGGAAAGACACCAGCAUCCUCCAGUGGGUCCUGACUUAG